AUGAUGCCUAAUAGUAAUACCAUUGACAAACUAGCAUUGAUUUUGGUUCGAGGUCGACGCCAACUGGUGGCAAGGUCUCAUGGAAAGCAAGUCUUCUUCACUCCUGGCGGAAAGCGUGAAGCAGGAGAAUCAGACACCCAGGCACUAAUACGUGAAUGCAAAGAGGAAUUGACGGUGGAUCUCAUCCCCAAAACAAUAAAGCCAUAUGGCACCUUUGCUGCGCAAGCCUUUGGAAAACCGGAGGGGACCAUGGUACGAAUGCUGUGUUAUUCGGCAGACUAUGAAGGAACCUUGACUCCAAACGAAGAAGUUGCUGAAUUGGAAUGGAUCCAAUCCGACUUUCCAGAAGAGAAGUUAUCGACAACUGGUGUAAUGAUACUGGAAGAUUUGAAGAAGAAGGAUCUCAUUGACUAG